AUGAAUUUAAAUAAAUACAAAAAAAGACAAAAAUCAAAUCUUUGGAAAGAUAAAGUAAAUGAAAUUAUUGAUCAAAAAUUUACUUUUUCAAAAUUUAAUAAUAAUAAUACCUCUGAAACUAUUAUUGAAGAAAAUUGCUCACCAGAAAAGUUUGAUAGAUUAUCAAUAUUAUUUGAAUCUGAUAAAAAUAACAAUAUAAAAAAUAUCUUUAAUAAUAAUAAUAAUUAUAAUAAUUAUAAUAAUAGUGAUAAUUUCAAUUUAACAAAAUUUUGGUUAUUAAAAGACAAUUUAACAAUUUAUGAAUGGAAAAAUUUUAAUUAUGUUAAUAUACAAAAUCAAAUAAUUGAAAAUUUAGAAAACCAAUUUGAAAAAUCAUUACUUCAUAAUGAUGAUUUUCAAAUUACCAAAACCAUAAAAUUCAAUCAAAUUAGAUGUGAACCUACAAUUGGAUAUAGACCAAAUAAUAGAAUAAUUAAUAGUAAUAAUAAUAGUAAUAAUGAAGAAAAUUAUCAUCCAUCAAUAGUAUUUGAUGUUGGAUUUUAUCAAACUUUAAAUGAUUUGCUAUUAAAAUCAAAAUUUUAUUUUACAUUCAACAAUAUUAAAAUAGUAAUAUUAUUAAAAUUUUGGUUCAAUGAAAUAGAUAAUUCAUAUAAAAUUUUAUUAAUUCAAAUUUUAAAAGAUGGAAAUAAUUUUUCAAAUAAUAAUAAUAAUAAUAAUUUUUCAAAUAAUAAUAAUAAUAAUAAUUUUUCAAAUAAUAAUAAUAAUAAUAAUAAUAAUAGUAAACCAUUAAAAUUAAAAAUUGAAAGAAUAUUAAUAUUAGGAAAUAAUAAUGAUAUUAUUGAUGAUAAGUCAAUAUUAUCAAUUAUAAAUAAUUGGUUUUGUGAAAUGUGUGAUUACAAAAGAAAUAAAAGUUUAAACAAUGAUUGCGGUGGUUCCAAUUUAAUUGAAUUACCAUUAUCACAUUUAUACUAUAACGUACCAGAUGGUGAAAUUUCAAAAAAUCAAAAAAAUAUUAAAAUCGAUAUCAAUCAAAUAAUUCAAAUUAUUGAUAAUUUUAAAUAG